CUCUAUCAACAUUCAAUUAUCAAAAUAAUAUUCCUACAAUUUCAAUAAAACUCAUAGUGUGGAAAUGUGAUUAUUGGAUAAGAGUACACUGACGCAAUGCGCAUUUUUUUAAACCAAUCGCAGUAGUAGAACAUUUAACUUAAUUCACAAUUCGUGAAUUUAUUAAUACAUUGAAAUAGUGAUAUAUGAUACGCAAAAAUGCACAGAAGUCUACAUUUGUGUAAGUUUUCUGCAGUGUUAUGACUGAACCAUCAGAAGAUAAUAAUUCAGAAACUAUUUUAAAUGAUAAAACAAAAAUUGAAAUGCCUCCACCGGUGUCAACCAAAGUUGUGAAAAGACUAAUUCCACGCGGAGCGGGCAAACAUCCGUGCACAGCGUGCAACCUGUCGUUCGCCCAACCGAUAAGGCUAAAAUACCACAUUCGUUCCCACCACUACAACCUCAAAUCGAAGCUACCGAUGUUCUUGAAGAAAGACGUCAACGAAGUGUGGUUCGAGAGAGUGUCAAAUACAGAUAACGUAGCCGAAAUAACAAAGGUCGCAGAUUAUAAAUUGUUAGUUCGGAAAACGGAUUUUAAUGAGCCAUUCAAUGAGGAUAGCGGUGAAGACGUCGAUGUUACGGAUUUAUACCCGUUUGAAUAUAAGAGAGAGAAGGUGGAAUGUAAUGAAUGUAAUAUACUUAUAACGAGGAAGGAUUAUAAAAAGCACUUUAAAAAUAACCAUUAAUAAAACGAAACUGUAGUUUUUCAAUUGAUAAAUAAUAUGUAUUUAUGGGGAGACAUGAAUAAACGGGCAGUGGGAUAGGGCUAAUCACAAAUCACCAUCACAGCGGGAAAAUUAUGUUGGGUGUAUUAUAAGAGCAAUUAGGUGACUGAUAAUGACUGAAAAUAUUUCAAUCGGUGCACCAAGUGAAACCCCAAUUAAAAUUGAUAUAAGUGGGUGGAGACGCCAUUACGAUAAUAAAAGAAAAUACGCAAAUACUGCUAUAUAAUAUUUUGAAAUUAGAAUAGAAAAAUUAAAAUCAAAAUUAAAAUAGUGGUAUGAUACCAAUGGAAUAGAGACAAAAUCACCAUGUAUAAUAAAUAAUUCACUAACCUGUGAGCAAGAAGUGCGGCAACGGCGCAUUG